AAAAACCUACCACAUCCCAAAAAAACCCAAUUGAAGAUCACCAACUACUUUCUCUCUCAUUUGAUUUUAUCUUCCAAAAGUUUUCAUCUUUGCUUUCUAAAUUGUGUGUUGAAUACAGAAAUAAGCAUGUCUCUCAUUCAUCAACUUCUUGGUGAUGAAAGCUACGACCCUUUCCUUUCUAUGAUCAACAGGUGUCCUGUUCUAAGCACCCCAACAGAUUGGAAAGAGACCAAGGAUGCUCACAUCUUCAUAUCUGACCUUCCAGGGAUGAAGAAAGAAGAUGUGAAGGUUGAGAUUGAUGAAGGAAGGGUGCUUCACAUCAGUGGUGAGAGGAAAAAACAUGUUGAUGAUCAUGAUGAUGAUGACAAGAACAACAAAUGGCAUCACGUUGAACGUUUCCAUGGCAAGUUUCAAAGAAGGUUCAAGCUUCCAGAGAAUGCUAAGGUCGAUCAAGUUAGGGCUAGCAUGGAGAAUGGUGUUCUUGUUGUCACUGUCCCUAAGCAGGAGGUCAAGCAACCACAAACCAAGCUGAUUCAAAUUGAAGGAAACUAAGAGAAUUUCGGAACCUUCCAUGGCAAAUUCAACACUAGACUUUGUUGUUGUUCUGUGUGAAAGAUGUGUGAAUUAGAAAAUAAACGGGUUUUGCUAUGUACCUUACAUGUUUGUGA